AUGGACGAUUCAUCUGGUUUGGAAUUGGUCAAGGUGAGGUCCGGCACGCGUUGGGGACAGAGAUUCGCAUAUCAAGCCGUUGAUGGAGCCGACUAUGUGGGGAGAGGUGAAGCGUGGGUAUUCGAAAGGGAAAUCGAGAGGCCCCAACCAGGAAGAGUCGGCAGGGCGAUGGUGAUCGUUGUCAAGCAACAGGUACCACUCUACUACAGGCUCGUGAGGGCCCCGGAGUUGAGGGAGUGGCGCUUUGAGGAGAGGUGCAAGGACCUGAAUUCGGGGCUGCCUAUCAUCGACUUCCACGAUUUGCAUACGCUCCGAAGACGGAGCAAAGCUUUUACGGGCAGUCUCGUCAGGAUUUCAACCAACACAUCUUCCCCC